AAAGAAAAACGGAAAGAGCAGAAAAAAAGAAUCUUGGCAAAGAAAGACAAGAAAAACGAAAAGGAGGAUGUCUCCGAAGCUUCAUCCAAUGCACAGGAGUCAGAUGAAGAGGAAAAGGCCAAGCCAAAGGACUCAGUCACUGCAAAGCCAAAGGUCAACCAGGUCCAAUCGACAGGUGAUGAGGAAGUAGCCAAAGCGGAGGUGGAUUUCUUUGGUUCCAUGGGAAAGGAGCGGGAGAAAGAUGCUAAGCUGAAGGAGGAUCCUGACAAAGUGAAGGUGAGUGAAAAGGAGUACAAUCCCUUUCUGCGCGGAGAGGAAUCCAAUCUCCCAGUACCGCAGUCUGCAAGCGCCAGCUCCAUUCCUGAGCAUCUGCGUGUUGGUCCUGCUUGGGCAAAGAACGAUUGGCGGAAGCGGCUAAACAAGCGGCAGGCAGAUUCCAGGAACGAUGAGGCGAAGCCUCGAUCUUCUCCACCUCGCCGCCGGACGGAGCAGGAUGAACCAUACCAAAAACCGGAGACGCUGUCAGAUCGCGGUCCAACCGGUGGAGGGUGGAGAGCUGCAAAGAAAGCAGUCACUCGCCGUUCCCCAAGCCGCGGCAAGCGCAGCCGAAGCCGAAGCAAAAGCCGCAGGUGCAGCCGAAGCCGCAGCGCUUCCCGCAAGCGGCAGAGGGCAAGGUCUGACAGCAGUUCGCAUUCCAGCGCAGAUGCGCGGGCAGAACGUCGGAAGGAACAGGUUGCAACAGCGGUGCUGAACCGAGUAAAAAACUCGGAAGCAGCAGAUACCGGUGAGGAUGAUGCCGAUGAGAUUAUUCGGCAGCUAAAGUCAAAGUACGACAAAGCCAACAAAUCGGCUGGAACUGAUGCAGGACCUGCUGUAGACCUGCACGAUGUGGAAGAAGACAUCGAUCCCAACAAAUUGGGAGCUUUGGCGAUGGAAGCCAUGCUGAGCGGCGACAUGGCGCGCUACGAGGAGCUAAAUCGUCGUUUGGAGAAGCACCAGGCCAGUCUUGCAACUGGCGGUGAGGAGGACAAGUCCAAUGCCUUCAAACUUCCACCUCCAGAAGAGAAAUCAGAGAAUGUCAAGGUUCUGGAGCAGGUGGAUGCAGCUGGACGAAGCAAAAAGCUUCUCCAGUCCGUCCAGUCAACUUCUGUGCACACCAAAGGACGCAACAAAAGAGGCAAUGCCAACGCUGUCCCUGGUGGCAAAGACAAGAAAGGCUCUCAAGGCUAUUACGAGGAUGAUGAUGUCUCCCUCAACGAGCUCAUUCGCCGUGAGAGAAUAGAAGGGGUGCAGGAUUACGAUUCCAACUUUGAGAAGCACAUUUUGAAGAAGGGUGACCGCUUCAAGAUGCUAGAAGAAGAUGAAGAUGAGGCUUAUGCACUAGGGUGGUACGAGAAUAAUGACAAGAAGAUGGAUGCGAGGAAAGGAGCUGAGAAGCGUUUAAAACAAGAGAAGAACGACAAGAACCGAAUCCAGGUGAACCUGGAGAGAUGUAACCUCUGCAUGGAAAGUAAAAAGUUCUUUCGCAAAGAUGCCAUCAUGUCCGUAUCUCCACAUGCGUACCUCUGUGUGGAGGCAAUGAACCGGUGCAUCGUUCCUGGCCAGGUGGUCAUCGCCCCACAAGACCAUACCAUGGCCAUGACAGAGGUGGAUGAGGCGGAUAUCCGCAACUACCAAAAGUGCCUCAUCGCUUUCUACGAAUCAGAGCAACCUCCUCGAGCUGUGCUCUUUGUGGAGUCCUCCGUGCACCGAGUGUCUCGAGAUAAGGCCCUUCUUGGAGCUGGUCCACACUGCUGCAUCGUAGCUUACCCAAUAGAGAUGGAUUUGCUGGUGCAAGCAAGGACAUACUGGAAGAAGGCCUUUGACGAAGCGGAAAAUGAGUUUGAGACCUCUCACAAGAAGGUCAUUGAGACUGACUCCAAGGGUGGUGUGCGGAACGCUGUGCCAAAAGGAUUUCCGUACAUUCACGUUGACUUCAGCCUCGGGGGUGGCUUCGCACAUGUCAUUGACAACGUCGUGGAUUUCCCCAAGGAUUUCGUCCAGCAUGUAAUGGCAGGAAUGUGUGAGCUUACCAUCCUGGACCGAGCCUACACUUGCAAGGAAGAGUACAGAGACGCUUGCAAAGAUUUAAAGGACAGAUUUGCCCAGGACUUCGAUUGGACAAAGGCAUUGCAGAGCUGA